AUGGACCAAAACGAAGAAGAAAUGUCCGUCCCUAGCAAUAAUUCCGUUUGUGACAAAGAAUCGCGACCAUUCAACGAGGAAGAGGAGGAUGCGGAAGCAGCGAGCAAGAAAACACUUUCAGCUUCUAUCAGCGAUGAAGACGCUGCACUGGAAACCAAAAUUAUUCGCAUUGUCAUUUCGGUGAUGCUCGUUAUCACGGGCUCCGUCAACACACUUGCUGCUAAGUCUGAUUUUCUUUCUGCAAACGUGAUGUUUGUUGGUGAGAUGUGCUGCCUGGUGGCUUAUUUUGUAAGCCUUUUUAUCCAACGAUUGCGCUGGCGUAGACGUCACCGAAAGGUGAAUGAUGUGCAGAAGCCGCAGAAAGCAUUGGUGGAAACCGACGGGCGUCAUAAACUGGAGAAGAUUGACGAAGUUUCAGCUGAAGUUGAGAACAACGAUCAGCUGUCUUUGCAAAGCGGUGCUUCUACAAUCCCAACAAUUCCGCGUUUCAAUUAUCUUUUAUUCGCAGUACCCGCAUUCUGUGAUGUUUGCGCUACAUCGAUACAAUAUUUUGGCUUGACGCUAACGAGUGCUUCAGCCUAUCAAAUGUUAAGA